CACACAAAAACACACACCAUCCAGCAACAGAUAGCUCACAGUCGACCAGAGCAAGGUUAGUUACAGACGCAAAGGGAGGACUUCACUGUAAUAGCGAGAGGGAGUUAAACCAUAAAAUGUCUGACAAAAUGAUUGAUUUGGAUGAGACCGUGACCCACACAGGUCCUAAAGGAGUCAUCAAUGACUGGCGGAGGUUUAAGAUGGAAAGCAUGGACCAGGAAAGCUUGCCACCUGCGAAAAAAGAACUGCUCAAACAGAUGUCGUCCCCCAACAAAAUCAAAGAUGACUCUAGAGCCAACCUCAACCGCAAGAUGAGUGUCCAAGAGUAUGAACUUCUCAAGGAGGAGGAUGAAGGAUGUUUGAAGAAGUACAGGCGUAGGUGCAUGCAGGAGAUGCAUGAAAAGCUCAGCUUUGGGCCCAGGUUUGGUGGCGUGCACGACCUGGACAGUGGAGAGGCCUUCCUGGAGGUCAUCGAGAAGGAGCAUCACAGCACAGUGGUGGUUGUCCACAUCUAUAAAGAUGGAGUCGCAGGUUGUGAGGAGCUUAACAACUGCCUGGACUGCCUGGCCACCGAGUACCCCACUGUCAAGUUCUGCAGGAUCGAUGCAGUCGCAUCCGGUGCCUCAGAGCGGUUCUCAGAUGAAGUUUUGCCUACACUGCUGGUAUACAAGGCUGGAGAACUACUGGGGAACUUCCUGGCCUGCACACAACACCUAAAUCAAGAGUUCUUUGCCACUGAUGUGGAGGCUUUCCUUAACAGCUACGGCCUGUUACCUGAGAAGGAGAUGCCUGGUGUGGGAGAUGAAGAGGAAAAUGAUGUAGAGUAAACACAUUUUUGUCUGCUGAGGAAUGAAGGAAGCUGUUUUGGAUAUAGAAAGACUAUGACGUAGGAGAAGUUUGUUUCUUCACAAUGAUCUGUAAAUAGAUUUUACAUCCAUUCGGUUGAAGAGAUCUUAUUUUCUCGUAUGGAACAGGUAAGGUGAGUAUAUACAGAGUGAUUAAACAAAAUGGCAGUAUUUUACAAAUCCCUUCUUUACAGAAGAGUAUUAGUGCCACAUGUAAACAACAACCAAAUUAAAUAGCAUGAAUUCUGACAAAAAAAGGCAAAUUCAAGUCAGAAUGUUGACUUUAAUCUCAGAAUUCUGAGAUAAAAGAAAAAGUCAGAAUUCUGAGAUAAAAGAAAAAGUCAGAAUUCUGAGAAAAAUUCUGACUUUAAUCUCAGAAUUCAUUCUGUUGUAUUUAUUUAUUUUAUAUGUGACCCUAAUACUCUUCACCACCAAAACAACAACCUAAAACAUUUAACUGAAACUAUAACUCAAGAGUUUUCUGUUGUAUUGAUAGCUAAAAUGAAAUGCUGUAUGUACAUAUAAACGUGAAUGUGUGGACUUGUUUCAGCAAGAUCCACCUGUGCAAUGUAUUUAUAAAUCCAGGGUUGGUGCAAAGAGACUAAUGUGAUAUAGUUAAAAUGUAUUUAAGUUCAAAAGGAAAAAGAUCAUUUAUAGAGCUGAAUGAUACAGGGACUCUCAGGACUUAAGAGGCCAAAAGCACUGUUGUGGAUGUGGAAACAUUGUGUGUAAACACAUUUUCCAGCUGCUCAGUUCAACAUGCUUCCUGAGCCAAUGUAGUGGGAGUUGAGAUUCUGUGUGGAGGGAAUAAAAAUCCUCUUGUGAGCCUCUAAUAGCUAAACAUCAUCAGAGAAGGAGUUAUCAUCAUGUUUGUGUAUUUUAUAUUGUGAAAGCGGGAGUCAUGGAAAUAGAGGAAAAUUAAACUGUGAGUUGCGCAAUUUCUUAGUGCAAUGUGACUCAGCCACAACCCGUCAGCACAAUGGUCAACAUCAUUGUUAUAUUACUAUUAUUACAUUGGAUUUUGCUAUGGAUCUUUUUCACUAUAUGUUUUAGAUUCAAUCAAAUAUACAUCACAAUGUCCUGAGUAAGAAAAUAAUAAAAUCACAUGAAAGAGUAAUAAUA